GCCUCCUCGGCUGCAGCUAUAUAAAGCCCUGUCCUGUCCCUUCUCUUAUAAUACAGUCACUGACUCAAUCUCUGGUCGUGGAGAGAACUCCCAGCUUCUCCUUUACAAAUGGGCUCCGCUGCCUAGCGUCUAAUCCACAGAGCCAGGCUCCUGAAAGUGCAACACGUCAGGGAACAGGUAAAUAUAUGCAAAUACCCCUCUAUUCCCAAGGAAAUCUAUGACGUGGUGCUGGUCCCUACACUCUGAAUUCUGCCAAUGAGCCAGUCUAGACCACUUUAUAUUAUUACACCAACAUAGUCUGUAGCGUUGUACAUUGGGGUUAGAAGAAAAAAAAAAUCUAAAUAAAUUAAGGCAGAAGAAAUAAAAUAAGUGACUUGUUUAUAACCUGGAGCCCUGUACACAGUAUGGUAUUGUAUUUGUAGAUUAUACACCCUGUAUACAUUAUAUUAUUGUAUUCGUAGAUCAUGAACCAUGUACACAGUAUAUUCUUGUAUUCGUAGAUCAUGAACCAUGUACACAGUAUAGUAUUGUAUUCGUAGAUCAUGAACCAUGUACACAGUAUAUUCUUGUAUUUGUAGAUCAUGAACUCUGUACACAGUAUAUUCUUGUAUUCGUAGAUCAUGAACCAUGUACACAGUAUAUUUUUGUAUUCGUAGAUCAUGGACCAUGUACACAGUAUAGUAUUGUAUUCGUAGAUCAUGGACCAUGUACACAGUAUAGUAUUGUAUUCGUAGAUCAUGGACCAUGUACACAGUAUAGUAUUGUAUUCGUAGAUCAUGGACCAUGUACACAGUAUAUUUUUGUAUUCGUAGAUCAUGAACCAUGUACACAGUAUAUUUUUGUAUUCGUAGAUCAUGGACCAUGUACACAGUAUAGUAUUGUAUUCGUAGAUCAUGGACCAUGUACACAGUAUAGUAUUGUAUUCGUAGAUCAUGGACCAUGUACACAGUAUAGUAUUGUAUUCGUAGAUCAUGGACCAUGUACACAGUAUAUUUUUGUAUUCGUAGAUCAUGAACCAUGUACACAGUAUAUUUUUUGUAUCCGUAGAUCAUGGACCAUGUACACAGUAUAGUAUUGUAUUCGUAGAUCAUGGACCAUGUACACAGUAUAGUAUUGUAUUCGUAGAUCAUGGACCAUGUACACAGUAUAGUAUUGUAUUCGUAGAUCAUGAACCAUGUACACAGUAUAGUAUUGUAUUCGUAGGUUACAUACACAGUACAUUGUAUUUGUAGAUUAUACAGUGUAAUUUUAUUAAUAUAUUACAUGCUAAUGAUGAUUAAAUCUCUGUAACCUUUGUUGAAUACAAUGUUUUGUGAUGGGUUAAUAAUCUUGCAACAAUGUGGCAGUUUACUAACAAAGAGAGGUUCUGUAACAGGAAAUCACAAUGGGUGCAAUGGGUGUGGGCAGGGCACUAAAUACAGCUUAUUUAUUUUGUCUGCGUUAACCAUAAAGGUGCUGGAGUUAUAGCUUUCAUUUCUUUUAUCCAUUGAAAGCUAAUAUUUACUACAGCCACAGUACUGGUCUCUGCAAACUCUGGUACCUCUCAGGUACUGCCUGUGAAUAUAGACUGUAAGCUCUGUGGGUCAGAUUUUUACAAUACCUCACUAUGCUAAGUUAGAACAGACGCGCUCUCUCUAACUGUAGUAAAAGGUUUCUGGUUUUACUUCGGCAGAUAACAAGUUCAUUUUGGCAACGAGGGGGUUAAUCGUGGCAGUCUCCCCCAUUCUGGCAGCGAGGGGGUUAAUCGUGGCAGUCUCCCCCAUUCUGGCAGUGAGGGGGUUAAUCGUGGAAGUGAUGGGAGUAGUUAAAGCCACUCUUUUAUGGUAGUGACAGGGAACCUUAUUCGGAUAAAGAUCAGGAUAAUUGCUGGUUGAGAUUCCAUGCUCUCUAUUUUUGGCAGUGCUGGGGUUAAUUUUAGCUGUCCUCCUCUUGUUCUGUUGCUGGGGAUUUUCUCCUGUUAGUCAGCCAUGUGGAGGAGGGAGGGUGGAGGGGGAGGACUGCCUGGUGAGUUGCAUCCAGUUUAAACCAGUUCUCUAAACCAAGCAUCCAAAUCCUGCCUCACCCUUUCAUGUCUGAAUCCUUCAUGGAGACAGCGCAUGGCUUGUAAUGAGCACGCGUCAUACAGGAAUAGAAUUAUUAUUAUUAUUAUUAUUAUUAUUAUUAUUCGCCAUCACAUUCUGUAGCGCUGUACAAUGGGUGGACUAACAGACAUGUAAUUUUAACCAGACAAUUGGACGUACAGGAACAGAGGUGGAGGGCCCUGCUCAAUGAGCUUACAUUCUAGAGAAUUCACCUGGACACACGUGUUGCACGCCCUUGCAUGCUGUGUAUGAAUUGCAGAAUUUGUAUGCUUGGUCCCCCUUUAUCGAUAAUCUGAGCUGAAUGAUGACCCAGUAAUCGACUAGGGGUCUAAUUAAGACCCCUCUUCAAUGUAUAAUAUGCUAAUAUAUAUAAUGUUCUUUUGACAGAAAAGGACAUUUAAAGGCACAAAGCCCACUGUACCGCGAUGCCGUAGGUCAGUGACAUAGUGGGGUGCCGUACGGACAUGCCGCAGUUGGCGUGCAGUAUCGCCAUGCACCGCACUGAGCUACGGAUUCGCGUAGUCCGGGUACUUUGUUUGGUUUAGUUAAAGGAUCACUCUUUGCCGAAGUGCUUUAUGUCUAUGGAAGAUCCCAUUUUUUAAUCUAAUUUAUAAAAGUGUUGAUUUGAUUUUAUCAUUAGUAUUUGAAACCUUUCUCUGCUUGUCAAACAGCCAGUGAGGUUUUCUUCCUACUCCUGCCAGCUCCCCUGAGCUCUAUGUGAGCAUGCCUGCCUUAUUCACAGACCUGGGAUCAGUGGCAUCCUUCACAACUGUGGGUGCCGCGCAUGCGCUCAGGGCACCGAUUCCGAGGGAUCGGUUAUUUCCCCAUAAAGAUACUGAAAGGGCUUCAUUGCUUGAUAGGACAAGUUAUUCACAUCUAAUAUUAUCAUAUCUACUUGGAUACCAGCUACAGGUGGUCCUUCCACAGAGCACACGCUCAAAGCAUCCUGCUAACACGCAGAGAACCUGUUUUAGAAGUACAAAUAUUUCAACACUGUGCCUGCUUGGCAUGACUGCCUAUAUAUACACAGACAUGUACUGGCAAAACCCGGAGUGAUUUCUGCAAUGUGGAACAAGAAAAAAUGUUGGCUUGAACAUUUAAAGGCAAAGAAGUCUAAUAGGAGCAGAGGGGGUGGGGACAUCACCAAUGCCAUGCGUGGCUCCCAAAGUGGGAGAGCGUGCCCCUCUUGCGCAGCCCAUGCACAGUCCUGCUGACAAACUCUUACAUGGGGAAACUUACACAGUGAACGUCCAUUAAAUGGCAUGCUUCCUUGGCAUUUGCUGGUGACCUGUCUUGGAUGUCUAAAUGGGAUAUGCGGAAACAGGACAGGGUGCUGUGUGUAUUUGGAGACUGCAUGCGGGCUUGCAGCUGGGGAAGGGUGUUUUGUAGGGUGCAUGGCGUGGAAUAUGGCUUGCUGUGUACACUGGGAGUUGGAAUAUGGCUUGCUGUGUACACUGGGAGGUGAAUGGGGAUUCUAAUGAGGUCAAGGAACCCGAGCUGGCCAGUGAUUUGAUCCCCCACUAGCCCUGGAGCUUCCUCUCUCCCUCAUAAAUCUCCCCUAUUGGCCCCAACCCAUGGCUAUAAUGGCCCACCAAGUAUCUAUAUAGCUUGCCCAAUGACCAGGCCCAUGUUCUCGAAUUCCUGGUUUGUACACGUUCAUGCAGGUUGGGAACACAAAUCUCUCCCUCCUGCUGGUUUCUAUAAAUAAUGACUUUUAUUGACCUCGGAAGACUGAAAGACUUAGUUUACCUAAGUUCAGGCAGCAUCGCUGCCGUCAGUGUUCAAUAUGCCAUUAAAGAUUUUUGUUUUUUGAUACCUGGAGGGAGGAGUUGGAAAGUAUGAGUAGGCAGAACUGGCCUAAUUGGGACGGUUUGCAAUUAAAGAACAAGAAAAUCUUGUCCCUGGGUUUAAUUGGCACUCCAAGCACCAUAAUCACUGCAGUCUUUUGUAAUGGUUCAUCAUGCAGGAGAACUGGGAGUAAUCUAUCAGAUCUUUUAAGAAUGUUUCAACAACUUCCUCUCUGUGCCCUGACGCCCGUGCCGCAGCGGGAAUCUCCUGCCUGAUAGUAUUUAAUUGUCACUCAGUUAGUGAGAGCAUUCUCACUGGAAGCAGGCAGAGGGUACCCAGGUAAGCUGUCAGUCUGUUCAUAAAACAGUUUGACAACCAACACCAUAACCACUACAGAAACCAGCUAAAACUCUCACCAGUGAGCGCAGCAGAUAUUGGCGCAGAAACGCUUAAGGAAGUUUCUCUUGGGAACCUCCGGCCCUCUCCGGUAGUGGAGGUGGGGGAAUGGACUCCAGAUAAGAAAACCAUUCAAAAACGGUGACUCCUUGCAGUGGGUGACAGGCUGCCAGGGCCCUCCUUUCAUGGCCAGCUACAGUUGUUAAGGUGCUUGGAGACCUCCUUCAAAAUAUUUUGACCAUGUGGUACUAUAGCCUUUAUUGUUUUGUACCAAUUACUGGUAACGGCCACGUUUCAUGAAAAAUCUACUAAAUAUAGUGAGAUCCACUUGCAGAGCGUUUUAACUUGAGCUCUAUGGCAGAGGUGCCCAAAACGUAGAUCCCCAGAUGUUAUAGAACUACAACUCCCAUGAUUUGUGUGCCUUUAGAAUGAAGGAUCUGGGGAUCUACCUUUUGGGGCCCCCUGCUCAAUGGUGCUGUCCUUGGCUGAGACUCUUGCUGUUCUUGUCACGUGCCAACUAAAUAGUCACAAAUAACCAUAAACACUGUCCUGUUGGGUUUUCGGUAUCGAUAGCUGUAAGAUGCCGUAUGGAGUCCAGCGAAACAAAUCUACAGCUUUCAACAACGCUGAAAGUUAAAUCAUACUGAGCUUCUAUUAAACUAUAGAGGGGAUUAUUGGAUACAGUAAGUGAGCAUUCAAUGCACAGCUAUAGAGGGGGCUAUCGGGUACAGUAAGUGAGCAUUCAAUGCACAGCUAUAGAAGAGGGGCUAUCGACAGUAAGCGAUUGUUCAGCUAUUUAACGCGACCAAGAGAUGAGUUGGAGAAUUUUUCUCAAACUUUUUAUUUUCCCCCUGAUUUGCAGUUGAAAUUUCCAUUCACCACCUUUUGCUGUUUAGUUUAAAUCCCACAGGGUUUUAAUGUCAGCUGGAGUCCCACGCUAACAUUCAGAAUCUCUUGUUUGUGCGCUGUGAGCAUGGGGUGACAAGCAACCAAUGUCACACAGCCCAGGCAGAAAGCCUUUUCUAGACUUUGGCCAUGAUCGUGUUCUGUGUUAAUAAUUAAUCGUUAUUUAUAGCUAGAGUGUUACUUAUUCUAUCCCGGGCCGGGCUGAAAUAUGUUGGGGGACACUUGUCUUCUGUGGUUAUAAUAAACGAGAUAAUAUAUCUGAGUCAGCCUUGGCCAUCAUGGCUUCAUUGUAACGGUUACUUAUAAUGAUCACUGAGCAUCAUUGGGGAAUGUAUCUGAAGUGCCAAGGUGGAAAACGGAUAACUUUUAGUUAAUUGUUUGUUGGGAUCUGACUUUCUGUUAAAGGAAUGGGGUAACGUUCUCCGACACCUCCAACCUGCCCACUAAUGGUCUGUGUUUAAAUCUGCAGGGUAAAAAACAUCAUUCAAAAAGACCUGAGAUCUGAAAAUGGCAUCCAUUCCAUCAAGUGGCUCGCUCGUAGCAACGCACGAUUAUUACAGAAGUGAGUAUGUUCCCUCAUCUGAAACUUCCUUAAACGCAAAGUAUUAAACGAAAAAAAGGGAUCAGCGCUCUCUAUCUACACAAGUACACAACAGAAAAGAUAAAAUGUGGCAGCACACCUAAAAAUAGGGCUCCUAUUAAUUGGAAUAGAAAAAUCCUGGAGUAUCUGCAUAAAUGGCGUAACACGGAGUGUACACUCAACAGGUGGUAUGGAAGCAACAUGGGCAACACUUGGUUUACAUGAAGUUUUUAUUUUAUUUUUUUUAUUUUUUUCAGUAUUGUCUUUCAGACUACUGAAAAGGAACAUGUAAUCUGAACAUUGGCGUGAUCUCCUACUGAUCCAACGUUUAGCGUCUUCAUGUAGAGUGUGAAGAUGCCAAAUGUUGAUCCUGCAAAGAAUGCAGGAUCACAACGGGAAGCUCCUUUAGUGGCUGUCUGACAAUUGUAAACACUGCUUUUUCAGAGAAAUUCAGUCUUUAUACUCGUUCCUCUCAGACUGCAGAGACGUGCUUUUUGCACCAGAACAAACGCAUUCGAUCUGGCGGUUAGUGUCCACUUGGAACUGGACAAAUUCUAUUGCUCUUCCAGUUCCACUGUCAAUGAGACUAUUGUCUAUUAAAUCCAUGGUAAUGUCUCAAACAAGCCUUUUCCCAAACAAACCAAUAUUGAGCAGUCUUGUACAGGUUUUUAUAUAGGGGUUGGGUGCAGUUCGGAAAGGGUUACUCCAAGCACCAUGACCACUUCAGAAACAGUGUACAUACAGAACGUUUUGAGCCGUAUUACGAACCAUGCUCCACCUUGUAACUAAGUAAAUGUUUUUUUCUUUACAGGACGCCUGGGAUCCACAUCUAGUAACAGCUCAUGUGGGAGUGUGGACUACCAAGGAGAAGUGAUCCCUCACCACCCAGGUCAGUAUCAUGCCAUGAGCUUAGUUGGGACAGAGAGUAACAGACCUAGUGAAAGAGCAUCUCCCUCUAAAAAGAUCUGUUUUAGGAUUUGAGGGAAGUCUGAACAUUGGCAUGUAGAAGACAAUCUCUCUGGGGAAUUAGGUGUUGCUGUGAUGGACGCUACUAUGCCAGACUUUUGGAGAAGCUUGAAUACCAGCCUCCUUUCCACAGAUUAUGGGCUUGGUCCCAAGGGCCCCUGAAAGUGGCUAUUACCACUGGGGGGAGUUGUAGGGGGCACCAGACUAUUACAGCCAGGCUUGAGGGCCUCUGAGGAUCACCUGGACUUGUUUUACACCUCUAGCGCCUGACCUGGAGAUAUUCUGAAACUCUUCCUCAGAUCAGGAUUGUGCCACGGUCCAGUCAAUAUUUAAGAGGGUACCGCUUGGUCCCUCAACCUCCAAAUAGAGUGCUGUUUAACUAGGAGGUCAAGGAGGCAUUGGAGCUUAAAAGCACUUCCCUCAACAUAAGUAGACCAGGACUAAGCCACUGCAUGUCUGGAACUCCUCAUCAGAUCAGAGAAUAGCUGAGACUCAGUAAAACUAACUCAGGUGCAGAUUCUCCAAUCAGGGUGAUAUUUGGACAGUGAGGGCUUUCCAGGGACAUAUAUUGUGUGGGUACAAUCCAGAAAACUGUGGUGGACAUCUUGUGUGCUGUGCCUCUAGGAGCGUAGGGGGCAGGGAAGGGACAAAUGUACUGUACAUUGCUUUGUUUGGAGGAAUCCCUGCAGGGAGAGUCAACACUGCUGUGUAUAAAAGAUAAUUCUAUCCAUUCAGACUCUAAUGUGUGGGGGAGAAACUAUAGUCUCUGCUUUACAGGAGUUUGGAAGCUAUAAUCAUGAUAGCCUGGUCCAGUAGAACAUUCACGUGUCCUUACUAGGAGGGACAGUCCCUAUCUUACCCCGUUCAUGGCCGCCACCCCCCUCCAUCCCCAAAAUUAAAGUAACUCUUGUUAUUCAUUUGACAUGUUGAGAGGUUGGCAAAUUACACAACAAUCCAGUUCUAUCCUGGCACAUCCAGGGCACAGUUUGUAUUGGUGGAGAAAAUGAAACCAUGCUUCUGUAUCUCCUCCCUUCUCUGUCCUGUAGGUUGACUGACAGGGGACCAAGAUGGAGGCCCUCUAUUUCAGGAUAGAAGCUAAAUACAGCGGGUGGAUUUCUACAUCUUCACUUUUUAACAUGUUUUUAUUUAUUUUGUUUUGACCUUGCAAACAUUUAUUAACCCCUUAAGGACCAAACUUCUGGAAUAAAAGGGAAUCAUGACAUGCCACACGUCAUGUGUCCUUAAGGGGUUAAAGGGAUACUGUAGUGCCAGGAAUACGAAGCUGUAUUCCUGGCACUACCGAUCCCUCUGCCUCCCUGGUAAAGGGUUAAAAACCAUUUAUUUGCUUGCCUUAUCCCAACGCUGAUGUCCCUCAUCGCUGGGUCGAAACUCCGCCCCCUCCUCCAUCCUGCGAUGAGCAGGGUCUAAUACACAUUAGACCUCCUGAUAGGAAAGCAUUGAAUCAAUUCUUUCCUAUGGGGAGUGGGGAAUUUGACGCUGGAGGUCCUCAUGUGGAGCGUUAGGACGUCCAGCGUCAGAUAACGGAUCAAAAGUCUGUUACAAUUCCGGAAGCUUUCUAGUGGCUCUGGUGGGCAGACUUAGAGCUGCAAUGUAAACACUUCAGUUCUCUGGGACACAGCACCCAAUGAGCUGAAGUGGUCUGGGUGCCUACAAUGUCCCUUUAAACAUAGGGGAUAGGUAAACCUCAUAAAUCCUUAAACGUUGCCGUUCUCUUUUAGAGUGAUGGUUUCCUGCCUGCUAAUAUAAAGCUAAAGGUUUUUCUUUUGAAAUCGUGUGUGUGUGUGUAUGUAUGAGGAUCUAUCCUAGUCAAGCUAGGAAACAUUAAUCAGUCCUCUGAAUCUGUCUUUCAUAGGUCUUCCUAAGUCGGAUCCUGGUCACUGGUGGGCCAGUUUCUUCUUCGGCAAAUCCACUCAUCCUGUCAUGACGACUCUGUCUGAAUUCCCAGAGAAGUGAGUAUGUAGCCUACCUGUCACUUAUUAGCAAGGACUCUGUAUUUGGCAAGUGACUUCGUAUCUUAUGGAACUGGGGUGGGUAACCUUUGGCAUUCCAGACGUUGUGGACCACUGUAGUGCUUAGAUCCGUAAUGCUAACAAAGCGUCAGGUGAAAUGUGGUCCACAACAUCUGGAGUGCAGAAGGUUGCCUACCCCUGCUGUAGAACAUGCUUUAAUGGAGUUAAAACCCUUCAAUUUAUGCCCCAUCUGUGUCUGGACAGAUCUACCUAGAAGACAAUUCAUCCAGAUGUUGAGAAUGCUACAAAGGGUACAAGGGUUGCAUGAUUGUAACAACGUGUAUGAUUAUACCCAAUAUUAUGUUCCUUUAAUAAUAAACUUUGUUUAGCAUUUGUUCAAUAUACCCCCGAUAAAGGGCUUUUCAAAACGAACUUUUUAAAACUCCCUAUAGAAUGCCAUGACUGAAAACUGUUCACCCUCUAAUGGGUGCAGGAUAAUGUACUAAAUGUUGGCAUGUGAACACUAAUCCAACUCUCAAUCAAUCUCUACAGCUCAGGAACCUUUCAUGUGACCAACGGCCUGAUCCCUUGCGUCCUGCCUCAGGAGCCAGUGAGGAAGAACAAUGUCAGUGAGAAAACUGACAACAGCGCCUCUGCUUGAUUCCUCCAUGCAUUCCCCUCCUCACUAAGACGCUAGGUGGUGGAGCCCACCCUUUCCACCCCUCCUCCCACUCCCCCCCAGACUGCCCUGUUUGUAGUCAUAGUCUUGUUAAUUUUUUUUGUUUUUAAUAUAAAAAUUUAAAAUUGCCAAAAAAAAGCUUUUUACUACAUCAGUAACACUGAAACGUUCUUAAUUGUCUGCUAUCCUGCCUUAAAGAGGCCUUGUCUUUAUUUUGACAUAUGUUCUAAUAAAUCUGGGCAGUCGUUCAUACUUGUUUUGUCUUUUAUUAUACAGAUAAA